AUGCAAACUCAUAAACAUGGAGCUGUCAGCGAUUUGAUUGCCUGUAGUUUUGUACAAAGCAGACGAGUGAUUCCAUUGAAAUGCAUCAAAACAUACUCGCCUGCGUGGUUAUUGCUGGCAGUGCUUAUCAUUAGUGGCAUACCAGCGCCAACAAUGCUAUUUAGCCAUGCGUUGGGUUACUCCUAUUCACGAUUUUACGGACCUGUUAGUGGUCCCGAGCAGAAGGUGUUUGUACACGAUGCGCUAAAUGGUGGUCAUAGCAUCGAUUAUAUUGCCAAACCAGAGUAUGAAUUUGCCUAUGGCGUUGAAGAUGCACAAAAUUAUUUGUUGCAGAAUCGUAAGGAGACACGUAACGGAGAUGAAGUUAAAGGGGUUUAUAGCGUGGUUGACCCUGAUGGAACAUUGCGUGUGGUAAAAUACACAGCGGACAAUGUCAACGGUUUUCAAGCGUCAGUUACAAAAGAUGGAGGUAGUCCAAUAAUUCAUGGUUACAAUACUGGUUCACAGGACAACGGAAAUAUAUAUGUGAAACACGAUGAACAACAGCCCAGCUAUGAUGAAGAGUAUGUCAAUGAGAAUGGCGGUGUUGAUUAUAAUGAAGACGCAACCGAAAACAAUCAGGAAGCCAAAAAAGAUUAUGAGGUGCAUGAAGAUCAGACGGAAAAUAAUAUAGAAAGUGAUGCAGUAACUACUGAUGAUAAUAACGAUGCUAAUGAAGAAGAUGAUGAUAAUGAUGGCGGUAAUGAUGAGGAUGAGGAAAAUACUGAAAACAAUGAAAAAUAUGAAAAGAAAGAAAAAGGUGAUGAUUAUGACAGUGAUGAAGAAUCAUACGAAGAUGCGGAAAAAGAGGCAGCGAGUUAUGAAGAAAGUAAUAGUGAUGAGUAUUAUUAA